AUUUUAUCGGAUAAUUUAUUCGCCCAUUUCCUUUCUUUUUCUUUUCAUUUCUAAUCUAUCUUGUUACAUUAAACUAUAAUCCCUUCUAAUACAUAAUAUUUAAUUAGACUCGCCACUAUUUGGCGAUGAAGUCAAAACACUCUCAAGGAAAUCGUAGCCAUUCGAAGAAAGCAGAGUUGAGCUCAGCAACAACUGCACAACCGUCAACCUCAUCUACUACUUCUCAUCGAAGCAACACCUUUUCUUUCUUAAAACACCGUUUUUUCAAUAGCAGUAGUAGCAACAUUAGCAACCAUGAGCCUGCAAAUAGUAGUUCACGUCCGUCUUUAGGAUCCUUGCAUUCGACUAUACAGAGAUCCUCAAUAGAUAGCAAACGAAAUGGGAAAGAACCGUCUUUUGACAGCUUGGAUGCCCCGCGAUCGAUCCAUUCCUCAUCGUCAUCGACAUCGACACAGCGAUUAAGUCUAAAAGAGCGGCCUAUUUCCAUGAUGGGUAUGGAAAUGUCAUUGACCCCACCGCCUAUAUCAACGGACGCGUUAUUUCGUAGGAAUUCAGUCAAUACUCCUGCAACUGUAGCAACGCCACAAAUACAGGACGGUGCCCUUCAAUUCGACGCAAAUAUAGCAACAUCAUCAACAGUUGGGACAAUCACAGCAAUGACAGCUGAUGAUGAUAAAAGAACGAGUCUAAUUGUGUUGAAAGAGGGUUAUUUAUUCAAAAAGACGGAUUUUAAACCAUUCCAUAAGCAAAGUAAAUUAGAACGUGGAUGGAAACUAUAUAAAGUAGUUCUGAAAGGGCAUAAAUUGUAUCUGUAUAAAGCAGUGGCAGAUUCGGCCAUUCGCUCAUUAUUUCCUACCUCUUCUUCAUCUUCCAACGCGUUCUCCACAUCAAAUACGAGCAUCAAUUCUUCCGCACCUACCAUUACAUUGCACCCAUGUGCCGGUACUAUUACAGAAGAAAUGGGCACCGGAUAUGACUCUUUGCGAUUGAGUAAAGCAGACUUUGACGAAGAAACUCAAAAAUUGUUAUUUUCAGCAUCGAAGGUUGAUGACACUGUUCAAGGCGGCGUGUUCAUGGAACAUAAUCCGAGUAACUUUCAACCUACUAAACAAGUGUGUUUGUUAUUACGGCCGAAUUCUCUUGAUAUUUGUUGUAACUGCAGCAGCAGCGAAACUGUCAGUUUAUGGAGGUUAGAAAAGCAAUUGCCUUUACAAUCAAUAAAAGCAGAAAUAAUAAUGGAUCCCGCUACUUCAUCGCCACUUUCAUUCAAUUCAAUACAAUCAAACACCGACUACCUUUCCUAUCACCAUCAUGCACAACCUAUUGCGAGCGGACAUCUUUUUUUCAAUAUUUAUCAUGUACAUAAUAAUAAUGACAACUCAAUCACCUCGUCAACUACCCCUUUGGGCGUUUAUUCUGUAGAAAAUCGAGAAAUUGGGCAUGCAUGGUUAUCACUCCUUCAAAGUCUGCAGCACGAUGACAAACGUCAAUUGGCAGCAGACGAACAUAACCUGGUCCCAACCAGUAAUUGCCAGUCCCAAAGUAGUUUAGGCGAGAAUGACUCUUUCGAUUGUCAAAAUAACAAUCACACUAACGCUACACAACAAAAGCAGAAUCAGCAUCAACAGACACAACAGAUUUUCCGAUCCGACCAUCAUAUCUUAGGUGGUACAAUUCCCGCAUUGAUCCAUGAAUUGUUAUCUUUGUGUAAUACGAACGAAAGCAGUAUUAACAGCCAAAAUGAAGCAGAUCAUCUCCAUUUCCUAUACGUCUUUUUGUUAACUUAUCCAACAUUCACUUCUGGAUCACGAGUAUUGAAUGAGUUCAGAAAAACACUUGACGAAAAAAGUGACAAUAUAUUAGAUAUUUUUGAGAUUUGGUGUCAUGAAUUCGCAUUGGAUGUUAUGGGCGACGUGGCUACCGGGAUGGUAGAGAUUCUCGAAAGCAUUAAUACAGACAAAGCAAGCCAAGUAAAAGAGCUGGUUCUCGAAACAGUGGCUGAGAAUACAAUGAAAUCGUAUGAACAAAAGAACGCUUGCCACUUGGUCUCUACAACCAAGCACAUUUCACCGAAUGAUGAAGCCAACAAUGACUUUGAAGAAAGUGUACCAAAUGACGAAGUAGAGAAUAUACCUGCUUUUCAGCAAAGGAACGGCAAACGGCGCGAUUCUGUCAAUUUAUCUAAUAUACUUAUCACUGGGCUCUCGCCCACCUUAUUUCUGUCCAUUGAUCCGCAGAAUUUUGCACAGCAGAUAUACUUGUUCCAUCACAGGAAAUACUCACAGUUUGAGAAAGACUUGCUGAACCCACUAUCUUAUCUGCCACGCCCACAACUAUCGAUCCAAAUGCUCAAUUCCUUGUUAUUCACGACCAUUACGCCGCAUUUCUUGACGAAAAUAAUUCGAAACCAUGUAUUAAUUGAUAGUACACAAGAAAAUCACCUACAGCAUGGCGAACAAAGUGUAACGAAGGGUCACCUACAUCAGCAUCAAGAUUUUGAAGCAUACAUUCUUCGUUCACAAUUGCUUGAGCAUUGGAUUAGAGUUGGACUGGCUUUGUAUCAGUUGGGCGAUAUGACUGGCUGGUGCGCGGUCGCUAUGGGCGUCUGUUCUGUCGGUAUCAUUCGUUUACGGGAGACCUGGAAGGCAGUAGAUCGUCAGCUUGUUUGUAGGGUACGAAACGAGUGGGUUCCUUUAUUGACACAUCAUGGUUUAUUUACUCAAAAUAUGUGGGCAGACGAAUGGAAAGAUAAAGCAAUAUUAUCCCAAUAUGCGCGCGUGUUGCACAAAAGUCAAAACUACGAUGAUGGUAUAGGUGAUAUUACCUAUCCAUCAAAGAUUCUUCCAUUUUUUGGUACUAUUCGUCAAUGUGUAGAUCGUUUUCGUCGACAUACAAAAAAGGUCCUUGGACCUAAUACUGUUAAUUUUGAGGAAUGCGAAACUAUACAUUAUUUGAUCACCACCAGCUUGGAAAAUUGGAAACGCCAAAAGGGACAACAAUUCACUGAUGAGUCUAAUGAAGAGCCAGCAACCACGCUACCUGUGGCGGUUGGACCUUUGCAAUCGUUUUUUGAACAUUCAGUAACAGACCUGAUGUCAGUGCCUCACGAUUACAAAUAUUUGCAGGAAUGUUCGUUGAGUUGUGAGCCUAGAAUAUUUGGUCAGGUUUUUGAUCGUCGAAAGUACAACCAUAGCUAUUCUCAGCGGUCGUCCUCACCAUUAGCAGCAUCAUCAAACUCUUUUCAGCGCUUACCUACUGAAUCAACAACGCAAUCCGCUUCAUGUCUCGUUUUCCCGGCCAUUGUUGACAGUUACCAUUUCAUAAACACCAAGCAUGAAGGCCAUAAUAGCAGUUCAUCGACAACAAACCAGAGGCGCCCUAGUACGUCAUCGUUAUCUAUUAACAACUACACUCCAAGUUAUACAACAUCUGUCUCAAACAGCACAAUCAGUAUCGUGAAUCCUCCCAGACCGUCUAGGAAAACUCAUCCACGUUUGAUGGGCAACAACAAUAGCAUACGAUCGCUUCGUUCAUUUUUGGAUGACAAUACUGUUGCGAAAAUACAAUCUGAAUCACAACAGGUACAAGAUAGCUCUCAACAUUCUGCAUCAUCUCAAAGCUCACAAUCAAAGGGUACAGCAGCAAUAAUGAAAGCGCCCAAUCGGAAGGCAUUUCGUCGACGAACUUUUAGUCUGCCUCCUGAUACUGUGCCGGCUGAGGAAUCUUCUGCUACAUCUGGCUCAACAGCUACGUCGACAACAGCUACAGUUGGAAACUUGAAUUAUCCUUUAACAAUAAAUGAGGCAGAUAAUAAUCGCACAUGGUUCGGAUCAUUACUGUCUCAUCGUAGGAGCCGUGCUGCACUGCCGUUUGCAGCGGAUAAACAAUAUUUCGGCUCUGAUAACGAUAAUGAAAUGUUGGUUUCAGUAGAAGACAAUGAACUAAUAUUGGUAUCGGCUUUGACAAAACAAAGCGAGCAGCAAUCUGAUAAGCACGAAAAGGAACGAGUAAUCAAAAAGACAGAUGCUCGAACCUGGUCUAUUAAUUUUUCAAAGAAAGCGUAUGAAAAGAUUGAGAAUGAGGCAGUAGAGAAUAAAACACUGGAAGUCUUCAUUAAAGCAGGCAGUAUUGAUCGCCUUGUCGAUUCUUUGGUAAUGGGUAUCUCGUCGCAUGAAGAAGCCAUUCGCGAACAAUAUCAACUUCAGUCUCUGGCUGAAGGGCAUCUAGGUCACCCCAAUAUCAAGAUUUCGAUGGACGAGGAGGAAUACGCUGUUAUUUUCUUUAUGACAUAUCGUGUUUACUGUUCGCCGAUGCAGCUUUUAGAUAUGCUUCGUAAAAGGUUUAUCCAUGCCAAGUCGAAAUGUAAACUCGCUACAAAGAAGAGAAGGAAUUCUCUAAUUCUGUUAGAGACCUACUUUAAUGUUGGUCCACAAGCAUCCACUGCAGUACCUUUACAAUCCAGUACAGAUGAUGCUAUAUCAUUAGAAGACGAAGACAUGUUAUUGUCGCAUGACUGGCUUAAAGUAGCCGAUAUUCAGUUGCGUGUUUUAAACUUGAUGUUGUAUUGGAUAACAGAACAUCCUUACGAUUUUGUGGACGAGGUGGAAAUUCCUAGAUACAUCAGUAACAUUCUCAAACACACAAAAGAAGCAUUAGAUGAGUGGCGUCUGCCAUUACAGAAAAAGGUUCAAGAGGGCAAUAAUAAUAAGCUUCCUUUGAUGCCAGAAAACGCUGAAGAGGAAGGAAUUAGCACAGAACACGACACAUUAGAAGCUUUGAAAAUAGCCGAACUAAUCGAACAGCGUAUUGAAGAAAUUCGUGAACAUUUUAUUCAGAGAUCUAUUUUACCUUGCUAUGAUGUAAAAGCCAUUGAAAUUGAUCCAGAAUGCUUCCGCAGGGCAGAAGAAUUGUAUCGUAAGUUAACUAAAGGCUCUAAAAACUAUCGUGUAAAGCUUUUACCUGCUGCUACUGCUACAGGCAACAACAUCAAUCCUAUUAUACCCUUAUCUAUAUCCACUGCUUCGAGUCAAGCCGAUACGAAGUGUUUAUCGGUUGAGGAUAUGGCACCUGACAUGUUGUUACAACAGAUUGAUCAAAAUGUCAGUCAACUAUUUAAUACUAUAACAAUGCAAGAUUGGAUACAGACCUUUGACGUGCUCGAAGCUCAGUCAGGAGACAUUUACGCUUGGUUACCAGCUCGCAAACCAUCACGCACAUCGCACAUGCCGGCAGCAUUGGCUAGUGUAAAAAAUGCACCCUCAUCUCAUUUAGCCAAUCAUCACGUCCUCGCGGAUGAAGCCAUCAUUUCUGAUAUUUUUACAGCCAUUGAAGGAGCUCGUCGAUCUGUUGUAUCGCUAGCUGCUUACUCUGACGAUGAUCUAUUACUCGCUUUCCCAAGGUCGAUUCAGUAUUUAUUCUGCAUGCACUAUAUCAUUCGUAGUUGGGUUAUCAAUGAAAUAGCUGCACUUGAUAUCAAUUGCAAGACACGUGUCCUUCGGAUCGAAUUGUUUCUGCAAAUAGUUAUUUUAAGUAGAAUGGCAUCAUCCUCUUCAAUUAGCGCCACAGCAACAGCAAGUGAUAAAAAGGGAUCAUCUUCGGAUUUAUUAAAGCUAUCAGCUAUACUCUCGCCUUCAAGCACAAUGAAGAUAGGAGCUCGUGAUCAACGGAUUCCUGGAUUUGUGGAAUACGCUAUUGCUAGUGCUUUAGUGAGCCCUGAAGUGCGUAUGUUCACAAAAGCCUGGCAAGAUGUGGCUAUGCAAUAUGGGCACGCUAGUCUUGAUAGUCUCGAAUCAUUAUUGAAUCAAAAACAGAAAAUGGAGACAAUGGUAUCAACAUCAACGAAGACAUUAGGCCACAAGUCUUCCGCAGUAAGUGAACCACAGCAAUCACAUGCAGUAAUUGUCCCCAGUCUUGGCUGGAUAUUUGAGCGUAUUUUAGAACUGUACGUGCAAAUUCCAGACGUUUUUGAGAAACGAGAGAAUAUGAUGAAUUUUGAUAAACGUCGCUCUAUGUAUCAAUUCUUACAAUAUUUAAUGAGAAUACAAUCAGAGUUGUUUGAUUUUCAUCGCCAACAAAAUAGCGACAACAAUGCAAAUUUUGUGUUUGAAAUUUCACCUAGACGAACAAUGCACAGCUGGAAAGAAUUGAAAGAGAUAGCUGUUCGUGAAAAUAAGAAAUCUCUUGUAAGCGGUACCUCUACUAGCAGUCUAGUGUUGCGCGGUGCCUCUUCGAGUAGGAGCCAUGUUUCUCGCCAUUCGGUAUUCUAUAAAUUAGUUGCAGAACAAAUGGAAAAGUACAAACGUGAUUUCAAGGAAAGGGAUCGAAUUGAUAAAGAAUGGAUGUCGUUGCAGCAUAAAUUGCAGAAAAAGCAGCUGGAGCAAGCUCGUUUACUUGAAAAACAUGAUCGCAAAGCGGCAGCAGGAGGACAUCAGAAGCUUACUCUCUCACAGCAACAACAACAGCAGCAACCGCAACAUAAUUCGCAAGGUGGAUCCGGUACUGUUAUACCUCGAUUGAACAAUUUCUUACGUGGUUUACGGCCCCAAUCUAUGGUUGCCGCACCCAUACAACAUAUUUUCCCUCAUGCUCUUUCGAAAGACCUUUCAUCGUCCAUUCACCUUUCUACGACAAAAGCCUCCACUGUUAUAAACUUGAUUCAUUCAACUACCUCCAUCGCCAGUACGUACACAAAACGUGAUUUUGUGUUCCGUAUUGUUACUGAAGAGGGUGGCCAAUACUUGUUCCAGUCUAUGCAUCGUGAUGACAUGCUUGACUGGAUGCAACAAAUCAGUAACGCCGCACGUGAGGGCACUGUGAAACGUCAAAGUGUUCUGGCUGCGGAGUCUAUGGAUCUGGAAAACCAACAACAACAGCAGCAACAGGAACAGGAACAACAGCAAGAUCUGCCUACCCGUCGUCAAAUAUUUGGACGUACUUCCGUUUAUGGUGUUUCUUUAGACAAUUUAAUGCCUGACAAUAAGGUCCCUCUUAUAGUGGAAAAGUGCAUACGUGAAAUUGAAAAGCGAGGCUUAGAAGAAGUGGGUAUUUAUCGUGUAGCAGGCACCGGCUCAAUUGUGAGUGCAUUGAAGGCUGCUUUUAAUAAGAAUGUCAACAAGGUUGAUUUGAGUGAUUUUCAAUGGGCCGACAUCAAUGUAGUAGCGGACGCUUUGAAGCAGUUCUUGCGCGAAUUGCCUGAACCAUUAUUAACUUAUAGUUUUUAUGACGAAUUUAUUACAGCUUCAGCCGCUGGAGAUCACGACGAACGACUCUAUAUGAUUAAAAAGGUUAUCAAGAAAUUGCCUGCGUGUAAUUACAAUUUAUUAAAGAGAAUCAUUGAACAUUUCGUUAUCGUUACUGAUUUCGAGGCAACAAAUCAUAUGUACGCCACUAAUUUAGCUAUUGUCUUCGGGCCCACUUUAUUACAGCCAGCUCCUGGUCCCGCUUCUUUCGCCACAACAAUGUCGAAUUUAGGCCAUCAUCAAAAUAUCGUGAAAUACCUCAUUCUCAACUACCAUUAUUUAUUCGAUAUUGAAAACGAGGAGGGUGAAGCUUUGACGAAGGAAGAAGAACAACCCCUUACGUCCGACCCAGCGAUGUCAAUGCCUAGGGCCCCAACGCUGCUGAUAACUGCCGAUGGCAACGUCAAUAUACCUAAAAAUUAGACUUUGUAGAUAAAAAACGCGCAUCUUUAUUUGUAAGAUAGAUCCGCUUGGCUGCUCAUUUUUUUUAUUUGUACAGAUUACGAUCACUUUUUUUUCUAAUUUACAACCAUAAUAUUCUAAUGCACUUAACAGGUAAUUAAGUCAAUUACUAUAUUAUAUAUAGUAUGUUAUUCUACUUGUUAUAUUCUUUUUACCCGAACCAUUACAUUUGCAUGGAACAAAUAAAGUAAUGGCUGGACCAUGACUUAUAUUUGAUGGCUCUAGGUCUUUUGAAACAAAAGAGAAAACUUAGUUAUGUAAUUUACUUGGAUUGAUUUUUGUUGGCUUGCAUUAACGUUGAUGUCCGUUGGCGCUGUAUGUUCUUGAUUUUGAACACAGCAAAACCGUCAGUUAGUAGUUUCAUAUUAUUAAACAAGCCACGGCUCGUAUUGUGCAC